AUGUCCGCCGAAGGCAACUACUCUCAAGCCAACACCAAUGGCGAUCCUCUGGAAAAAGAUUUCCACCAACACCUAGGAAGCAAUGAACAAGCUGACAAUGCUCUCCAAAGAAUCAGGACAGCUGGUUCUAUCUCCAUCUCGCCAGAACUCUUUGAGAAAAUCUACCUGUCGCCUCAGAACCGUGUGGCAGGUGAUCUCCGUAAGACAUUCGCCAAUCCAACGCCGCUCUGCCUCAUUGGAUUCUUGCUUGCUCUCUUUCCACUUUCGUUUGCUCUUCUCGGAUGGCGGGGCGCUGGUGGUCUCGGAGCUGCGACCGUCGGCACCUACUGGUUCGCUGGUGGUCUCCUAAUGAUUCUCGGUGCCGUUGGCGAGUUCAUCCUGGGCAAUACAUUUCCAUUCAUCGUAUUCGGCAGCUUUGGCUCCUUCUGGCUCAUCUUUGGUGCUACACUGACCCCAUACUUUAACGCUAUUGGUGCCUUCAACGUCCCAGCAUCUGGGGACUCCCCUGAGGUCUCGGGCAUUGAGAAUCCUGUCUUCAACCACUCGUUCGGCUACUUUACGCUUUCCAUGGGCUUAAUGUGCUUUUUCUACCUCAUCUGUGCGCUGCGCACGAACGUUGUUUUCGUGCUCAUCUUCCUGCUUCUCAUCCCCGCUUUCGGUCUUUUGACCGGCGUCUUCCUCGAGACCCCACAAGGCAACCCAGACAUGAUCCACAAUAUGACAGUAGCUGCGGGCGCACUGGCAUUUGUCGUUUGUCUUCUCGGCUGGUACUUGUUCUUCGGCAUCAUGCUUGCGAGCGUUGAUUUCCCGUUAGCGCUACCUGUCGGUGAUCUCUCAACCAUGAUCAAGCCCCUGAGCUCUAAGCAGAAGGUCAGUGAGGAGGUCUAA